AUGGCAUCGACAACUUCCCCGACUCCAGCUCCAGCUCCAGCUCCCGCAGCCGUAGAACGGAAACAGCAACAUGUUCUGGCAGCAAAUACCAGCGGCACGUUGCAAGUCGCCCUCCAAAACAGAACCAGCUCGAGCAAUGUCUUCGCCUACAUCACUGGACUUUCUAUCAAUGACGGGAACAAGCCUAUAUUCAUCCAGGCCGACGGCAGGACCGUCUACUCCCCUCCAUCACCUGCUCAACCACUGGCCGACGUUGCAGCAGACGUAGCCAUCCCACUCGGCGCCCCGGGCAGUACUGUCGCUGUGACAAUCCCCAAGAUAGCCGGAGGCCGCAUCUGGUUCGUAGUCGACGCGCGCCUAACAUUUUUCGUGAAUCCAGGCCCCAAUAUUGUGAAUCCAAGCGUCACAAACCCGUCCGACCCCAACUACAAUCUGAAUUGGACCUUUGCAGAGUUCACCUACAACGACGCCCAGCUCUUCGCAAACAUCUCCUACGUCGACUUCAUCAGCAUCCCCGUCGCGCUGACCCUGACCACGACCAACAGCGGCACGCUCAGCGUCCCCGGAAUGGGCUCCGACGGCUUCCAGCGCGUCGUCGACGAAAUGCGCGCCCAAACCGCCCGCGACGGCAAGCCAUGGGACCAGCUCAUCCACAACAGCACCAACAACACGCCACUCCGGGUCCUCAACCCCACGAACCUCCUCGCCACAAAUGGCAAUGCAUGGAGCAACUAUUGGGACGGCUACGUGACGGCCGUUUGGAACAAAUACCGCAACGAAGACCUGACCAUCAACACGCAAGCCGCAGCCGGGAACCUCACAGGCCGGGUAGUGAACAACCAGCUGCAGCUAGGCGCCGCAGGCUCCUUCUCAGCACCCAGCUCCAGCGACAUCUUCUCCUGCAGCACGGGGCCGUUCCAGACAGGGCAGAACCUGGCCCGCGACGGCGUGAUCCCGCGACUCGCGGCCGCGUUCAACCGGAGCCAGUUGCUCAACACCCCGGGGAAUCAGUUCCCGAAUGGUGGGAACCCAAGCAUGUAUUAUCAGGAUGUUACGACGAAUCAUUAUGCUAGGGCUGUCCAUGCUGUGCAGAGGGAUGGCAGAGGCUAUGCGUUUCCGUAUGAUGAUGUUGUGCCGGAUGGUGGGCGGGAUGUUGCGGGGACACUGCAUGCGGGGGAUCCGGUGGUGUUUACGGUUGCGGUUGGGGGGAAUUGA